CACUGUGUAAAACAAAGACAUUUUUUUAGUGCCACUGUAUGUUUCCUAAAAAUAAUAAUAAUAAUAAUAAUAAUUUAUCUAGACCUAAAAUUAGAUGGUACUAUGAGAGGAAACUGGCUGUGUGCGAAGAGGGUUAGCCUGUCCGGUAACCUGAUUAGUGGUGCCCUCUCCAUUCCUCUCCCCAAAAUAACUUUACGCUCAGCCUUCUAAUUCUUCACUGGGUACACACACUUCCACAAACUAGACUAUGGCAAAGAACACAAGGGACAGAGAGUGAGGCCAUACUGUAAGACGCUCCGCUCCAUGCCUCCUGAUGCCAUUAACAGAAUGAUAUCGGCCAUAUAUUUAUCUGUUAGAUGAUGAGAUAGUUUAUAGAGAUUAGGAGUGUCUGUCAGACUGAUCAAAAUAGUCAUAAACUAUACUGCUGAAGUUACUUUUUUCUUGACCUGCACAGGAUUACAGUUUAUUUUUGGACCAGGACUGAAUAUUGAAUAGGUCAAUAUGAUGUCAGACGAGUAUUUGGUGGAGUGUAAGAUUGAUGAUGAUGAUGAUGAUGAAGAAGAAGAUGAUUAUGAUGUGAAGAAGAUCCACCCAUCUCCACCUCCUCCACCACAGUUCUCCUCCACCCCUUCCCUCACUCAGGUUGAGAUCAGGGAUCCCUAUGGCGUCAACAAACACUUGAAGGUAGAGUUUAGCGAUGUUUUGGCAGAGCCCGCGUCCACACACAGCUACGACCGCGUGUGGGUGUACAGUGGGAUCGCCUUCGAGUCCAUGCGGCUGUGGGGUUACCGCUGCCUGUCAGCGCUGUGUGCGGUUCCUCUCUCUUGCCUCUGUGGCUGUCUCUUUGCCCUACUGGCCUGUAUGCACAUCUGGUGUGUGAUGCCCUGUAUUCAGGUGUGCCAUACCUGCCUGCCCUGUGUGAGGUCACUGUGGAUGAGUGUGGUUAAUAUCUUUAUCACUCCAUUCUGCGCAUCUGUGGCGCGCUGUUGCAGUGGCAUAUAUGUGAUGUACUCCAAAGAGUGAUGAAAAACAAUUGAGGAAUUUUUGACAUUACAAAAUAGUGUUCAAACCAUUCAAAGAAGAGGAUUAUGUGCUGUUAUAGCCUAUAGAUUUUUAUUUAAUAAUACAUUAUUAUAAUAAUCUUUUUAAAAUUAUCUUAAUGCAACACAAAUUUUGCAUGUCAGAAGAUAUUUUGUUUCUAAAUUAUCAAGAACCUCUUUUCGUUUUCAUAAAAAUCUGUUAAUAUUUGUUUUUUUUCUGUUUGAUAUAAUGAACCAUUGUCAUUGUAUUAUCUAUGAAGCCAGAUGUCUGUUUUGAUGGUUAUCAUGUCAUACAUGUAUUUGAAUAAAACAACCACUUACAUUUGUA